GGGUGGGGGGCGUGCCUGUGAGCCGGGCGGCGGCGGUGGCGGCGCGGGGAUCUUUCCUCGUGCUCGGCGUUGAGCCCCCGCAGCCGCUGCGACCGCCACGGCUGCGGCCGCGGUGGACCCUGCCCGGGCGGCCCCGGGUGCGCCCUGCACGGCUCCUGCUGGUGUCCCCGGAGCAUGGGAGGCUGCUGCGCUUGAGCGGCGGUGCCUGGCAGGAGCUGCAUCUCUUACCCCGUGGCAGGGCAUGGCGGCAGCCAACAAGGGCAACAAGCCCAGAGUCCGGAGUAUCCGCUUUGCAGCAGGCCAUGAUGCAGAAGGCUCCCAGAGCCAUGUCCACUUUGACGAGAAGCUGCAUGACUCUGUGGUCAUGGUCACCCAGGAGAGUGACAGCAGCUUUCUGGUCAAGGUUGGCUUCCUGAAGAUCCUGCACAGGUAUGAGAUUACCUUCACUCUGCCCUCAGUGCUCAGGCUGAGCAAGGAUGUCCGAGAAGCUCCAGUCCCCAGCCUACACCUCAAGCUCCUCAGCGUCCUGCCCAUCCCAGAAGGUUACAGCGUCAAGUGUGAGUACUCGGCACACAAGGAGGGUGUCCUCAAGGAGGAGAUGCUGCUAGCCUGUGAAGGAGGCACCGGCACCUGCGUGCGAGUGACAGUGCAGGCGCGCGUCAUGGACCGACACCAUGGCACACCCAUGCUGCUUGAUGGGGUCAAGUGUGUGGGUGCUGAGCUAGAAUACGACUCGGAGCACAGCGACUGGCAUGGCUUCGACUGAGGCCUGUGGCUCUGCGCGCCUUGGGGCCUCACAGCCUUAAACCCCACCUCAUCUCCCCGAAUGCUGUGUGAUGUGGCUUCCUCGCCCCUCCCUGGGGUGGGGGCGGGGGUGGGGUGUCCAGGGGCCUCUCACCUCUGCCUUCAUUGUGCCACCUCCCUGCCUCUCCUGUGUCCUCCUCUCCCACUUCCUCCUCUCCGUGUGCCUCAGUCUCCUGCUGGAUGAAUUGGGUUGAGCCCCCAGGGAGGCUAUCUGAGGAGGGGAAGGGGGGGCCUGGGGUGGGUUCUGCCCUCCCCCCACCCCAAGCCAUAGGGGCUGUAGCCAGGGCUUGGGAGAGGAGGGCGCUGGCUCUGUGACGCCGUUGUCACUCCCGUUAUUGCUGCUGCUGUCUGGCUUUUGCCGUCCUGUGCCCCCUCCCUCUUUCCACUGCUGGCGGAGCUCAGUUGGAGGGAGGCACAGCCCACAUGUCCUAACCCCCAGGCCUGUGUUACUUGGUUUUUAAAGGACUGAUUGGGAUAAAACCCUAAAGAAAUAAAACUUUCAGUGGAUA